AUGGUGUGGUUCGGCGGGGUGGCGGCGGGGGCGCUGGGGGCGGGAGCACUGCAGCCCCACGUGAGGGUGGUGGGUGCCUCCGCUGCAGUGUACGCGUUGCUAACAGCCCACCUCCCAAAUGUCUGCCUCAAAUUCGGUCACAUCCCGCUGUGGUGGUUCCGUCCACUGAGUGUGGUGGUGCUGGCCACGUCGGAAAUAUCCUGGGCUCUGCUGCGUGCCCCACCCACGGCGGCCACGCGAGCUAACUACGGCCACGUGGCGUGGGCUGCCCACGUCCUCGGCGCCGCAGUAGGGGUUCCACUCAGCUUCGUCGUAUUCGACGGGGAAAACUAUAAAAAACGCUACAUAGUGGCAUGCCGUAUGGUCUCCGGUUUGCUCCUGGUGGCAGGCGUGGUAGCCGCCGCAGCCCACUACGUCCUCUGGUACGACAUGGACCACUACACC